GAAUGGUGCAAUAGACAACAAUUUUCAGCCCAAUGGGAUCUAUCUGAAUCAAUGACAUCUCAUUUACUUUCCAAACGCAGUGUGAUUCCUAGAUCGUUUCGUCAAUCUAUUAUUCUACCAGUUCUGACUACUCCGGCCUCAUACCGUACCAAGGUCCCAGAUCGAAGAGAUCAACUUCAUGAUAUAGCCUAUUUCAACUCACCAAGGCUACGAAGUCGAUAUAUUCGUUACAUCUUGGACUGUACACAAAACUUCACUACGACUAGGACAGUUAAUAUGGCGUCGGACGCAGAUUACAUGGCCUUUUUAGACAAGGCGAACGAGGAUCCAAGCAAAGGAUAUCCAAAAGCGCAAAGUUCUAGCAAACAGGACUUCAAAGCGACCGAUGACGGUGCGCAAAUCCCAGCAGCUAUCCAGGAAGCAACGAAGGAUAGUUUCUAUGUGAGCGACGCGGACGAGCCGUUUGUUCCGGUUUACUUGGCCUGGAACGAGGGCGGCAAAGGUUUGCCAGACGAAGAGGAAUUCGCGACUUUGAUACAUCAUCCCGAGCCAGCGAAUGCGCAAAUUGAGAUACUGGAUCCGGCGGACUGGGAUACUCAGGGACAAUACAAAGCUAUUCUAGACGCGGUGCAAAAGGCAGGCAAGGGCAACGAUAUCAGAGUAUACCGGGUCUCGAAGGGAGGCGUUAAAGUCGAAUACUGGGUCGUUACUACGGAGGGCAAAGGGGCAAGCGCUAAGCUUGUCGGUGCUAAGGCGCUGGCGGUUGAGAGUUGAAUCUUCGAGACGUGAUUCAGCUGAGAUAUAUUUGAGAAAGAAGUAAAAUUGUAUAAGAAAAUGGAGAAGGGCAGAUUCCGUUUAAUUUGAAUUCAUAUCAUAUGUAUUUGAAUAAGAGGUACUGAGUACCCCGCGA